AUGGGCAAUGACUCAGGGUCCAUUCUGGAGGCACAAUCUGCCAUCUCCCUACCAGUAUCUAUCUCUACUGUCGGCCGUGAAAAUGCGGCUGCCUCACCUGCAGAGACUCUGGGCGUGGACGAAAUGGUCUCUGACGAUGCCUUUCCCGACGGAGGGCUGACAGCAUGGCUCACCGUGUUUGGUGCUUUCCUGGCCUUAUUCAGUUCAUUUGGACAGAUGAGCGCAUUCGGUACGUUCCAGUCGUGGUACGCGGCGCAUCAGCUGCAGCACAUGAACGCGGACGCGAUCUCGUGGAUCGGGUCGAUACAGCUCUGGGUAUUUUUCUUCUCGGGUGGAUUCAUCGGACGGAUUUUCGAUUUUCUCAUGGCGACAAGUGUAGCCACGAAAUAUUAUCAGUUUAUUCUCACUCAAGGUAUCUUAUUCGGUUUGGGUGUUGGAUUGUUAUUCUACCCCGCGCUCGCCGCUAUCUCGACGCACUUCAGUAAACGCAGAGCCACAGCGCUUGGGAUAGCAUCGGUUGGGUCAGGCAUAGGUGGGACCGUCUACCCUAUCUUACUGCAGCGCCUGUUCGUCCGGCUCAACUUCGCGUGGGGCGUGCGCAUAUCAGGAUUUAUAUGUCUCGCACUGUGCGCCGUCUCUGUAUGCACUAUAACGAGCCAUCCCCGCCCACAGCCGCGCAACCGCUCAGCUCGCUCGUGGUUCGAUGUCAAAAUGUUGCAUGACAAGCCCUUCAUACUGCUCAUAUGCGGCAGUUGCUUCAUCGCCCUCGGGUUAUUUACGCCCUCCUUCUACCUCGUCUCCUAUGCAACGGCGCACGGCGUCCCAACCGCCACCGCCUUCUCCCUCCUCGCUAUCCUUAACGGCGGCAGUGUCCUCGGACGUCUUGCCCCAACCCCGCUCGCGGAUACUUACGGGCGGCUUGCUCUCCUCGUCCCAUGCACGUUCCUCGCAGGGCUUACUACACUCGUGCUGUGGUCACUCGCGCACACACUCGCGCCUCUGGUGGUGUACGCCGCGCUCUACGGCGUGUUCUCCGGCGCGUUCAAUGCGCUCAUCGUCCCCUGUGUCGCCCAGAUCUCCGACGUCAGGGCGGUCGGGAGCAGGAUUGGCCUGUUGUACAGCGUGAUUUCCUUCCCGUCGCUCGCCGGCGGCCCUGUGGCGGGCGCGCUGCUUAAGGCGGGAAAUUCGUACACGGGCCUGAUCAUGCUCAGCGGUACCAGCGUCGUCGUGGGAUCCGCGUUCAUGAUGUGGGCCAAGUUGGCUAUUGACCGACGUGUCUUCGCCUCCGUGUAG